UGACUACGUACCUCGGCAGGAAAUUCAAUGUGGCGGAAAGUGUCUCUACUUAAAAAAAAAACUGGAAUAUUUCACUAUGAUGUAUACCAUAAACAGCUGAGAAACAUUUAAAUAUUUUUACGAGCUUCCAAACAUUAUGCCUGUAAGAUUUUUCUCUAAAUCAUGAUUUUGAAUGAUACUUUAAUGCCAAAAGAAGGGUGUACUUUUGAUGAAAUUUGUUAUGUUUGGAAAUCUUUCAUGAUCGAUGUAUUUCUUUAGGUGGACACAGAGUCGGACAACGUUCGGGUGGUUGUGCGAUGUCGUCCCAUGAACGAGAAAGAGGUUUCCUCUCACUGUGGUGUGGCAGUGAACGUCGAAGAAGGUCGAGGAAUGAUAACCGUGAAGAACUCUGGUGCUCGGUCAGGGGAACCACCAAAACAGUUCACUUAUGACAGAGUGUUUGGCCCAGAUACGAAGCAAGUUGAUGUUUACAACGAUGCAGCCAGGCCGAUUGUCAACUGUGUCCUGGAGGGUUACAAUGGUGAGAACUCUUGCUAAAAUUUUCGUUAAACUACGAUGAACAGUGCGAAAUACAUAUACAUUGUACAUUUGAAGACCUUCUCAUACUGAGAUUUACAGUUAAAUGCCUUUGCUCUCACCUUUAUUUGCCUUGUCAGGGUGCGUUAUCAUCGUCAAAAUUGAUAUGCGAACUAUAUAGUUAAAGGGUUAAAUUUCUCAAAAAGUCUUUUUGGUUUACAAUUACUUUCUAUCAACAGCUCUAGCUCUUAAACCACACGCUUUUUCAUGAUUAAACGAUUUUGAUAUUUGUUGCUAAAAUCACCGUUAGUUCCUUUUUUUUCUUUGGAGUGGAGGGGGGAGAACAGUUUUCCCAUGAGGUACAUAUUUUGGAUGGAAAAUGGAUUUGCUAGCAAGUUUAGUGUUUUAAUUAACAUUCUGACUCUUACUGUAUAAUGUCUUAACUUUAUUCACCAUGCAACAGUGAUUGUUCCAUAGAUAUCUUAUUCCUGAUUGAGUCACAGUUAUCUGCAGCCAGGGGGAGGUGGAGGAAGGGAGGAGGGAGCAGGGGGUAGGGUUUUGGAAUACUGAUUUAUCAGAUAUUUUCCAAGGAGACAACAAUAGACAUUAGGAUUAUAAAAUUAUAAAAGUAUAGAAUGAUAAAAGUUCUCUAACCUAGAAUGACCUAGCAUUUUUAACCCUUUAACUCCUGUGAGUGACCACAAUAGAAUUUCUCCUUACUAUAUCUAGACAAUAUUAUGCAGACAAGUAAUGAGAAUAAAGUAAAAUAUCAAUUAUGGGAUUACUAAUUGAUCCAAUAUCAAAUUCUCCAAAUUGACAUCAUAACAAUUAUGCAGAAGACAGUAAGGAUAAUUACUACUGAGAUCUUGGCAGUUUAAGGGUUAACUCAUGUCUACAAAUCAAAUAUCAAAAAUUUAUGUGAAACAAGAUAAUUUACACCUUUACUGAAAAACCAAAACACUUUGCAAUCAAAUUAAUCAAUUACCAGUAAAUCAAUCAAAGAAAUGAAUGCUUAAUACAGGUUGACGCUUUACAUAGGGUCCUAAGAACAAAGUUAUCAUAACAAAAGGAUAAAAAACAUGACAUCAUAUUAUGUCAUAAUUGAACACUUAAUGUGCAAAAACUUGCUCAAAAACACUACCAAGAUUAAUUUCUGGAGAAAAACAUGGAUCAAAUUUUUCAUGAAAGAUUAUUCUUAGAUUUAUUUAAGUGGUUCAUUCUAAGUGACUGUUCAAUAUUGCAAGAGAACAAUACAAAAAAGCUUUUUGGAGCUCAGUAAAGGGUGAUCAUGAUUGCUUAAUAGAGGUGAAAAUUACAGUGGGGAAAAUUUGGGACUUUCACAACCAACUGCUUGUAAAUACAGGGUCACCACUUAAUCCAUUAACUCCCAAGAUCUCAUUAGUAAUUCUCUUUACUAUCUGCCAUAUAAUUCUUAUGAUGUUAGUUCAGAGAAUUUGAUACUGAAUCAACUAUGAAUUCCCUAAUUGAUAUUGUUCUUUAUUCUCAUUGCUUGUCUGUUUGAUAUUGUAUUGAUGUAAUGAGAGAAAUUAUGUCUUGGUCACUCAUGGGAGUUAAAGGGUCAAUAUGGUGCGGCUUAGUACAGGUUUGACUGUAUACUUGAAUUAAAUGUCCCUGGAUACUUGAUUGUCUCAAAUUCGUGUCUGGGCCUGUAUCAGUAUGUGAUCACUUUGUCUGCUUAUUUUCUGCAUUAACUCUUUGACUCAAAAGGUGAUUAGAUCUAAUUCCUCCUAAUAAUAUCACCCCUGAGUUACACAUGUAGGUCGCAAGAAUAAAGGAAAUGAUCACCAACUAGAGAGGCUCUUGAUAAUUAAAAAAUGUAAAGAGAACAGUAUGGAGAAUAUGCAUACUGAUGUUAGGGUGUUAAGGGUGUAAAGAAAGUAUUAAAAUCUCCUAGAAAAUGAUCUAGGCAUUUGAGUGGACAGACCAGGGGUCACAUCACAUGAAGCAGUAUGCACUGACUCAUCUUUUUCUUAAAAACCAGGUACAAUCUUUGCAUAUGGACAAACAGGGACAGGGAAAACUUUUACAAUGGAAGGGGUCAGGACAGUUCCUGAACUACGUGGAAUAAUCCCAAACUCAUUUGCACAUAUAUUUGGACAUAUUGCCAAAGUAGCUGGUGACAUAAGGUAGGUCAGAUAUUAAAAAGGUGAAAUUGUUUAAUACACACAUUUUUAUCUUUCUUGAUAUUAGCAUUUCAGUUGAUACAAACAAUAACUGUUCUAUCCAGGUUUCUUGUACGAGUGUCAUAUUUGGAAAUCUACAAUGAAAACGUGCGGGACUUGUUGGGCAAGGAUCAGAGUGCAAAAUUAGAGGCAAGUUGUGAUAGUGGUUUUUUUUAAAAAACCUUUGAGGACAGAAAACUUAAGCACCAUUUUUAUAUCAUCUUUCCAAGGUUACACUGAUUUUACUCAGAACUGGGUCAAAUUUCUAUUUCUUGGCACUUUAGGUCAAAGAGAGACCCGAUGUUGGAGUUUAUGUAAAGGACUUAUCUACAUAUGUCAUGAACAAUGCUGAUGAUUUAGACAAGACAAUGACAACAGGGAACAAAAAUCGUGAGUGUGUUACCUAACCCUUCCUAACAUUAAUAUCCUAAUUCUCAAUAUUCUGCUCUUUUUAUUUCCUUUGGUGCAAACAAUGAGAAUUUGUUGAACAAUGGUGUUAGCCAUCUGAACUUGAAGAGCAUUGAUGUGACUUCAAAAACUGCAGGAUCAGUUUUCAGAGUGUAUUAUGAGACAAUAUAGUUUACUUUUCAGAGGUACCUGUACUUGUCUUGAAUGAAAUAUAACUUUUUCUCGUAAAGCAUUUGUCCAAUCUGUUCCUUUUUUUGUGAUUAUAGGUUCUGUUGGGGCUACAAACAUGAACGAACGAUCAUCACGCUCUCAUGCCAUCUUUACCAUAACUGUGGAGUGCAGUGAAAAGGGGCCUGAUGGCCAAAAUCAUGUACGCAUGGGAAAACUGCAUCUUGUGGACUUGGCUGUAAGUUUGUUUCAUGGUGGGCUUGACUGGACAUACUCGAACAGCAACCUGUUGUAUGUCUCUAGAAAGUUUCACAAAACAGUAACCAUAAUUUACAUUAUUAAAAGUUUUGCAAAACACUAACCCAUAUGGGCAGAGCUUUCAACACAAGAAAAAAAGAGGAAUAUUCCAGAAAUGUCAAAAUAGUGAGCAAAGGCUCAAGGAUUGUAAAUCAUGCCUGGUCACACAAUCACACUUUGACUUUGAAAAUGUUUCUGUCAUUGAUAACGGUGGUUUAAGAACAAGGAAGACUCUGGAAGCAUAGCGUACCAAACUGACUCCCGCUGUGGUCAGUGAUUCAUGUCCACUACCUGGACAAUACAACAUUCUUUUUAACUGGCAAACAUUCAUAAUCAUUUGCAUCACUAUUUCACAGUUUCUUACUUUUUUAUUCAAAUUUUUCCACUCCUUUUCAUUCACAUUUCACCCAUCGAAGACUGCAGUUCAGGCAGUUGAAAGCUCUCAAAACUCUUGCUACUGAAUCAUAGGAAACAUAUUGAACCAGUUAGAUUUAACACAACACAGGAACCAGCUUUUCUCCCUCCAUCCUUCUGAUAAGUCCCUCGCUAAGUGGAAAUAUCAAUAUAAGAGAAAGUCACUUGCAAGACAAGAAAGUCAACCUGCCUUAAAGACCAGAACCAGGCUAAAUCUUUUCAAUCCUUUUGUGGUCACAAGAAAACCAUUUUCCUUUUUCUCUGAUUUAAUCAUAGGGAUCAGAACGACAAGCAAAAACUGGGGCAACAGGUCAGCGAUUGAAGGAAGCAACACAGAUCAAUUUGUCUCUCUCCACCCUCGGCAAUGUUAUAUCUGCACUGGUGGAUGGAAAGAGUACUCACAUUCCUUACAGAAACUCUAAACUUACAAGAUUGCUACAAGACUCAUUGGGUGGGAAUUCCAAGACAGUAAUGGUGAGUAAACUGUGAAGCUACAGAAUUUGUAAUAAAUUAAUUGUUUAAUGCUUCAACCCCUAAAGUUACUAUUAUAUCUAAUUUCUCCAUAAAAAGGAAAUGUGAAUUAAAGAAUUAGCUUAACCCUUUAACUCCCAAGAUCUGAUUGUUAAUUCUCCCCUGAAACUGCUAUACAUUUUGUUGUAAAUUAGUUAUGAGAACUUGAUGCUAGAUCAAGAUAGCAGCUUCCACCUGAUAAGUUUGAAUAUUCUCGUUACCUGUUUGCUGAAGAAUGUAUGGAGAAUGAUAACUAUAGAACUUAUUUAAAAAAUAUAAAAAUGGUGAUGAAAAUGUGUUGAUGUAGUUUCACUUGCAACAUGCAUCACAUUCAUUUUUAAUUUUAAUGAGCAGCCACAAGGUUCUUGGAGUACUAGCUGUAGGCUUUACAAACAGCAGUCAACUGUCUGCAUUUGUGCAAAUGUUGUAAUGACUAUGGUGGGGUGCUUCCAGGCUGUCAGAACUAUGUUGUCACACAUGAGUUACAAACAACCACACAUUAACCACCAUUAGUCACUGUGUUGUAGAAGUGCAUAACUUUUUUGAUAAUGCUUUAAACAGAAAAGGUAAAUCAACAAGCUACUUGUAUUAAAUAAGCUUUGUGCUUGAGAAGUCUUGAGUUUUCUUUUUCACUACAGUAACUUUUGUUUCUUUUCACAGACUUCUUUGAAUGUUGAACUUUGCUUUUUUGCAAGACAGAAGUUGUCUCUUGUGUUCUCUUUAAAAAAUUUGCACAGGAAAUUGGAGCUCCUGGCAGCCAAAAUUAAUCCCCACACAUGGGCCCUAAGUUUGAUCACUGUAUUAGGCUUCACAGGCCAACUUUGUUAGAUUAGCUGUAAGAAACUAUGUGUUGCAAAGAACAAAAGUUACUGAAACAUUUUUGGCUUGGAUAGAUUCUGUGGCUUUUUUUAACACACUAUAAUGUCUAAUUCUUCAGAUUGCUAACAUUGGCCCUGCAGAUUACAACUUUGAUGAAACAAUAAGUACCCUCAGGUGGGUGAAGUUUUGUCAAAACUCAUGCUGAUAAGAUACUCAUCUAUACUAGAAUUAAAUUUUUAGGAAAAUACACAGAAUUUAUCUGAAGACUAGAUGUGAGCCCCCCUCCUCGCCCCUCUCCCAGUCGAUAACUAAUGAGCCAUUCGUUAAUUAGUAUCAUUAAUUUAUGACUUUGCAUAUGGAUUUAAUUGUUAAUUUAGUCAAUAAUUUCACUUUGAUAAAAUUACUCAGUCCCAAAAUACAAUUUCAUGCAAGAGCACUCCAAACUAAGGUUAUGAACCUUUAAUGUAGGUUUAGCACUAAUCGUCUUUCAAAUAACCUUUAGCCCUUAAGAGUUAAUUCCCUCAUGUGUGUGAUGUAAAAUUUACAAACAGAUAUGCAAACCGUGCCAAAAAUAUCAAGAACAAAGCUAAGAUUAAUGAAGAUCCCAAGGAUGCACUGCUGAGAGAAUUUCAGAAGGAGAUUGAAAGACUUAAGGCACAGCUUGUGGAAGGCAAGUUUACUUAAUGUAUACAUAUGGAGGCCGUGUGGCCAAGUGAUUAGGGCACUGGACCUGUUAUCAGUAACUUACUAAACAAGAAAUUCACUACAAAUUACAACAUUUCCUUUACAUGUAGCUGGAAUGACAAAUAAAUGUGUUGAUCCUUUAAAUAAUCCCUGAUUAGUAACCAAGACAGGUUCUCCUUUCGAUAUCACUGGGGACAAUGUCAAGCCAACAAGUAAUGACAAUAAAGUAGAAUAUCAAUUAUUUGUGGAUUAUUAGUUGAUCCAAUACCAAAUUCUCUGAGCUGACAUCAUAAAGAUUGCAUAGCAGACCAUAAGGAGAAUUAUUAGCGAUCAUUGAGAGUGAAAGGGUUAAAUUAUAAUAAUUAUUUCUGUUUCAUCAGAGGGAGGCGGUGGUGAGGAGGAAAGUGAGUCUGAGGAAGAAGUUGAAGAAGGUGGAGAAAUAGUCAAAAGGAAAAAGAAACACAGAAAAAAAAGUAAGUUGAUAAACAACAAUGAUACAAGCAACAAAUUUAUUUUCCUUCACAAUUAAAAUACGCAUGGAACAAUCCCUACCUGCAAAAUAGCAAGGCUAAUCAAAGUGGAAGCAACAUAGACAUUGAAAAUUCUUCAAUGACAAGUUUUACUGAUCAAAAGAAAUGACUAAAUGAGCAUGCAUAUGAAAACAGGAGCAAGCAAUGAAAACAGGCCCCAGUUGUUCAAAGGUUGGAUAAUGCUAUCCAUUGGAUAAAUUGCUAGACAGUGGACAAUGCAAUAUGUUUUGCUAUCAUUUAUCAGCUGGACAGCGAUUUACGCACUGGAUAGAGUUAUCCACCCUUUAUUCAACUGGGCCCAGUGCGGUAAGCUGUAGUUAAGCCAAUCAUGUAUUAGAUACUACAACUUGAAUAUAGUUUAUAUACUAGGAAAGAAAUGAAUCUUAAAAGAUUAUGAUUUGCUAAACUCAUCAAUUAACAGGUUUGAUCUAUGCUUGGGAACCUUAUUUAAGACCAAUUUAAAACCUCUGAUAUUAAUCCUUCUGAAAAUAGCUCGAAAAUGUGUACAUUGUUUGAUUAAUUUGUGAACUGAGAUGAAGUGCGCUGUUUUGAAUUUGUUCACUUUCAGAAUGUACCAGGUUACUUCUAAAAUUCUGAUCAGUAUUUCUUAAAUUUUUUUUUUUUUCCACAUGUAUAGACUAGUGGGACGUAAGUUAUUUUUAAGAAGGCUGAGUAGUAUCCUUCAAAUUUUUAAUUUUUUUUCCACUUAAAGAAAUAAUUAAAUGGUUUUUCACUUUGCUUGAUACCCCCCAAAAAAAUAAGUGUAAAUUUAAUGGCCAGUUCCUAAUAGCUCUUGGAUACCCUGAAAUAUCAACUCAACUUGAAAUUAUUGUUCAAAAUUUGUACAAUACGUAGAAGUUCUUAUUUAUUACUGAAUUUUCUGGUACUCCAGGUUACCUGUUCUUAUAUAGGGUAAUAGAUUUUGUUUUUGUACUCCUGUAGGCAAGCAUGCUCUUCCGCCUGAGAAAGUAAAAGAACUUAGAGCUAAGAUAGAAGCAGAAAGAGAAAAUCUGCAACAGAAAACAGACAUGGCAGAGGAAGAGAGAAAUAAGGCUGCAGAAGAACUGGAAAAGAGAGAGAAGGAUAUCAAGGAUUCUGAGUAUGGACUUAAUUCAUUCUUGUUUAUUGCAGGACUUUGUUUGAGUUGUAGUACUGAGAUAUGAAAUCUGUGGUGAAUUAGUACCUAGCAUGAUUUGGUUUGGGUCACAAAGCUCAGGUUUAAGCUGUGACUGGUUCAUUACGUCAUUAUCUCAAGAGCAAGCUGCUAUCUCUCUCAGUCAGUACCUCACAGAAUUUUAGCUAAUUGGUGUUUUUAGCAUAGGGUGUGGUUAAUUUCCCACACACAAGAUUACUGUGUGGUGAAUGUCCUCCCCUGGGGUGGGAUGGGUGGUCAAUAUUUAUUGGGGUUGAAUAUCAAUUGGGACAUCAUCCUGUUUUCUUCUCCAGUUGCCGAUACUACUUUGUACGUGCAACAAAUUUCAAUAAGUAAGUAAGUAAGUAGGUAAGAAACCAAAGGUCUGAGCUUCAGUUCUUCACGGAGACUCACAGGUUAACAAAAAGAUGCUAUGUUGCUGUAUGCUUAUUCAGUUAAAGAUCACAGAUGACAUUACAAAAUGUGGUGAGAACAAAAAAGUGGCAUGUGAAGCUUAGCAGAGUCUGUCAGUGAUAUUCUUUUCGCAACAUUUUUACUUCUUCUGUGAUUAUUACUGAACAGACCCACCAUAACAGGGAAUUGAUUUGUUGUAUUUGAUUUAGAGGCAAAAUGUUGUUAAUGGUGAAGUCAUCCAUGUGUCUGCCCCACAAUAGAUUAUGUGGAAGAGUCAUGGAAGAACCAAUCAAAAUCUGGGAAUAAUUCAUUGUAAAAUUUGAAAAACUGCUAGCUUUAUCACUGGUUCAAUUGAUUUUUUUAUGUUUUGUUUUUCAAGAAUGGAGCACAUACGACUUCAAGAGAAACUUAAGGCUGUGGAAAGCAAGAUUAUUGUUGGGGGAGUGAAUCUGGUCAGUAAGCCAGCUAUGACAUUGAGUUUACCCCACUUCAUUUUCAACCCUUUAACUCCUAAGAUCCAAAGAUCAUUUCUCCUCACUCUCUGUUACACAUUUUUUUAUAAUUGUGGCACAGAGAACUCAAUAUCAAAUCAAACAAUAUCCAUAAGUUGAUGUUUUUCUAUCUUCCUAACAUCUUUCUUCAGGACAAUAGACUGACAUUGUAUGGAGAAAUUACAAAUUGGUCACCCCUAGGGGUGAAAGUGUUAAAUGUGGAUUGUUACUAUCUGAAUGAUAUGGUACCUCAACUGCCAUAUCUGUACUUUCUGUAUAGAAGAUGGUGAUUUCCAAGGCUUCAGCACUAAUUUAAAUUAAAAGAAUUUUACCUACAUGUGUAAAUAGUUUGUUGAAUUUCACUAGUAUGUUAUGUUAAAUGUUAAUCCAUUGACCCCCGAGAAUUACUAACAUCAAAUUUCUCCACACGAUAUCAGCCCUGAAUCACACAUUAAGGUCACCAGAAUAAAAGAAAAGAAUUGAUUACCAAAUCAAGAAACUCCUGAUUAUUAGGCAAAUUCUUUUUGGAAAUUCUUCCUUUGGAAAUGUAUAGAGAACAGUAUGGAGAAUAUACAUGCUGAUUUUAGGGUGGAAAGGGUGAAUGCAAAUCUUUCAUUGUGAGUGGUUGACAUGGUCUUGCAGUUAAAACUUUUUUUUUUUUGUCCCACCUUUGAGACAAAAUGUUCUUUACUGUGUCAUUGUUAAUUUAUAGCUGGAAAAGGCCAAAGAACAAGAGCUCCUCUUGGAACAAUCUGCUAAAGAACUCUCUGCUAGGAAGCAAAGAGAGGAAGAAUUGCAGAAACUGAUUGAAGAAAAAGAGGUAAGUUGAAUGUGUGCAAAAUAUCCCAACUAAACAGUGGAUAAGGAUUUUAUAGCCACCCUUAAAUCAGAUGGACUCAAGUGAUUUCCCAAAUUAUACUGACAUCAAUUUGAGAAUGCCCAUAAAGAUACCUCUUGCAAAUUGAGUUUGAGUUAGUUGAGUUCAAGUAAGUUGAAUUCUGUAAGUUACAGAACCUCAAUUUUUCCAUUGUGAUUUAUAGUGUGCUUGCUUUGGGCUUGGGCCAUGAAAGCUGAGUGGAAAAAAAACUUGGUCUGUAGCUUCUAUAGAAAACAUGGUUAAUAACUGAAGAUAUGUAUUUUAUCUUUGGGUUCAGAUAGUUGGGGGAGAUUCCAAUUCAAACAAUCUUUUGAAUUUAGUGGGCCAUACAGUGAAAUAUGACCUGCUAAAAUUAGACCAAAUUGCUCACUAACUGAGAGAUGUAACAGUACAUUUUAAUGGUGGAUUUGAUGAUAAAUACUCUGACAGUGAGUUUAUUUGGUUGAUGUGUCUUUCAUGUAGCAAGAGAGAAUUGACAUUGAGGAAAAGUAUGCAAAUCUUCAAGAAGAAGCUGCUGGGAAAACUAAGAAGCUUAAGAAAGUUUGGAGCAUGCUUAUGAGUGCAAAAUCAGAGGUAUUUAAUAUGUUGAUAUUGAGAAUUGAAUUGUAAAAACCAAUAACAAACCAAGAGGCCUAUACCUCCUUAGCUAAACCUGCUCUCUACAGAACUACAUGUAAGUGACAAUUUUUUAUGGCUUUUUUUCCUUGGGUGAGAUGCUAGUCCAUUCUAUAUUGCAACCCUUUCCCCCUUCCUCCUAGCAGUUGUUGCCAUUUAUGCACCUGAAUGGAAAGGGACAGUCUAAAAGUUGUGUGCACCUCAGGGAAAUUUUUGCUCCUAAAUACUUCUUUAAGUGUAACUGCAUGCAUGGGGUUGUGUGUCAACUAAUUUUGUUGCUGUUUGUGAUCGAUUACUGUGCUCUCAUAUUUUUUUAAAUAACUUCUUUGGCAAUUUUUCUCCUAUUCAGAUGGCAGACCAACAACAAGAACACCAGCGUGAAACAGAAGGUUUGUUAGACAGUAUUAGGGAGCUGCGGAAAGAACUUCAGUUUGAAACCAAGCUGAUUGAGAGCUUCAUUCCUCUUGAAUUUCAGGUGAGAUUGCAUCCUACACUUGAUUAUGGCCACUUCUGACAAUGAGUAAAGUUAGCUGAUAAAUAAGUAUUGGUAGCUUUUGCAAACUUACACUUUCUUAAACUUUUUCCAGGAUCUAAUUGAGCAGCAUGUAUCAUGGAAUGAAGAAUUAGGAGAAUGGCAGCUUGUAAGUGAUGCUGUAUGAUAAUAAUUAUAAUGAUGAUAAUGAUAAAGAUUAAUAUUGAUGUUAAUGAUCAUUAUAUUACCAACAACUGCAUCGCAAAGUGGAGUUUGGGUGCCUCAAACAUUCAGGAGCUUCUACUAUUGGUAGCCAGUUCCUAGAUGGAGACUUCUCCCAUAGCUGGCAAAUCUUGGCACCCCAGCCAUGAGCCCCCACACAAGAAAGGGCAACAGGUACCUCUCACACUGAAUGAACAGUGGAAAGAGGGAGGGAAGGGGUGGGGAAAACUGCCUGGGUAAUAAGCUGCCACUCCUUACAAAACUGCAAGUUCACGCUCAAAGCACACACAAGAACACCUCCAACACAUGGAAGAGCACAUGGAAUUCCAAUGGUUGCACAGUUGCCAAAGACUGCUGACUACUAGAGAAUGCCCUGUUUUUAACUCCAUCAAAAUUGUAUUUAACUGCAAUGAUAAUGAUUAUGAUAAUAAUGAUGAUACUAAUGACAAAGUAUUAAAAACAUAUAUCUCUGGUCUGCCAGCUUGGUUGGAUAAUCAUAAACAUUUUCAACUUUAACAUCGAUUUUUCAUGGUCAUGAUCUAUGUGUCCAUCGCAUAAAUUUAACAAUUAAUUCAGCCAAAAAUACUAUUUUAUUUGAAAGAAGUGCAAAGUUGAAUAUGUGAAAUGAAAAUAGUCAAUUAUUGACAUGAUGAUUGCUAGUUAAUAUAAGAAUGUUUCAGGCAGUUACUUGUAUUGUUGUCCUAGUGCAACCCAGUUGAUAUGAUUAUAUAACUAAAAAGUCACAUCUUUCCCUUCAGAAAUUUGUGGCAUAUUCUGGGAACAACAUGAGAAAAGCCUCUCCAAGUCCAGAUCCUAAAGACAAGAACAAGGAGGUAUACCAUCAUUCACUUACUUAAUUGGUUACUUUUAAUUUCCUUCCUUAAAAUCAUAAAUACUUCUUACCAACCAAGCUCAUGAUCCAUUCUGUGAGUUAUGGCUUAAGUUUUUUUCCAUUUGGAUUUAUGGCUCAAUUGUGAAGCACAUGGGCAUGAUUCCAAGUAGGAAAAACUAGGUUCCAUAACUCGCUGUGCAGACUGAGAAGAUGAGGUUUAUAAGAUUAAUCUAUUAUUAAUAACUCUGUGCUUUUAGCUCAAUGAAACAGAUUUAUCCAGUGUGUACUUGACUUAUGAACACAUGAACUAUUCCUUGGGGUAUGAUGAACCUACGGCAAGACCCAAAAGUAGCCGUCCAAAGUCGUCCCGGCCAAAGACAGCAGGCAGACCAAAAACUGGGAAAAAGUAAGCAUCAGUGGAAUGUAUUUAACUUAACACUUUCAUUUGCUCUCUACUGGACAGCAAUACACCGUACACAAGCACUUACAUUUCGUAGUCAGCCACGAGACACUGCAGUUAGUCGAGGAGCAGAGUCUCCAAAAAUAACACAAUUCACAACCCACCUCACAGAAAAGGUUUGGUGCCAUAUUCUUAUAGAACAAUAUCUAAGUCUGGAAUCUCAUACAUUUUUAUCUUUUUUUACCUUUCUACAACUUACUAAAUUUUUAAGAGGUAUGGUUAAGUUAAUUAAGGGAAAUAAUAUUUUGUUCAAGUUUGCAGGGGGUUAAAGUUAAACUGGUUUAUGAGGUGUCCUACUGUUGUUACAUUUCUUUCUUUUUAAUGGCAGAAAAAAGACAGAAGGUGAGGAUGGAGUAAACAAAAAGAAAGAGGAUGAUGCACAGAAAUACCCACAGUCCAAAAGGCUUUUGAGUCCAAAGAAACACUUUGCUUAG